UCUUAGUUGAGAAGUCACCACUCCAUGCCAAUUGAUCCAAACCUCCGCAACAAGUCACAGUUAAAAGGUUCGAGUCUUCCAACAGUCUUUGCUCUUCGUACCUCAGCUACCAUCGAAAACUAGCCUCGUUUUCAUUGUCGCAAAUCUAGAGAGAGAAAGAGAGAGACACGGUUGAAUUGAAGAUGAAGAUCACUGUCAUGACUGCUGACGAACAAAUUAUCACGUUGGAUGUGGAUCCCCACGAAUCUGUGGAAAACGUCAAAGCAUUGCUCGAGGUUGAGACAAGUGUCCCUCUUCAACAACAGCAGCUUCUGUUUAAUGGGAAGGAGGUGAGGAAUUCUGAGAAGUUGAGUGCUAUUGGUGUUAAGGAUGAUGAUUUGCUAAUGAUGGUGUCUGGUUCUGGCGCCGGUGCUGGUGCCGGUGCUUCUAGUGGGUCUACCAAUGAUUUGAGCUUAAAUGUUGAUGGAUCUGCUGUCAACCCUGGUGCUUUCCAGCAGCACAUUAGACGUGACACUAAUUUGAUGGGCCAACUAUUUCAGAGUGACCCAGAGUUGGCACAAGCUAUUUUAGGGAAUGAUCUGAAUAGACUGCAGGAAGUUUUACGAUUGCGUCAUCACCAAAGAGAUGAAUUAAAACGUCAGAAAGAAGAAGAGCUUGCUCUUCUUUAUGCUGAUCCUUUUGAUGUUGAAGCUCAAAAGAAGAUUGAAGCUGCCAUUCGCCAGAAAGGUAUUGAUGAAAAUUGGGCAGCUGCUUUAGAACAUAAUCCAGAAGCUUUUGCUAGAGUGGUCAUGUUGUAUGUUGAUAUGGAGGUUAAUGGUGUCCCACUGAAGGCAUUUGUUGAUAGUGGAGCCCAGUCUACCAUUAUAUCAAAAAGCUGCGCUGAGCGUUGUGGAUUGUUGAGGCUUUUAGAUCAGCGUUACAGAGGAAUUGCUCAUGGAGUUGGCCAGUCAGAAAUAUUGGGUCGUAUUCAUGUAGCUCCAAUCAAGAUUGGGAGUAUAUUUUACCCUUGCUCAUUCUUGGUGCUGGAUUCUCCCAAUAUGGAAUUUCUCUUUGGACUGGAUAUGCUCCGAAAGCACCAGUGUAUAAUUGAUUUGAAAGAAAAUGUUUUGCGAGUUGGUGGAGGAGAAGUUUCUGUGCCAUUUUUGCAAGAGAAAGACAUACCAUCUCGGUUUCUGGAUGAGGAAAAGUAUGCUAAGGAAGCUGCAGGCUCUGGUGGUCUAGUUACAUCAGGGAGCAAUAAUCCAUCAACAGGAGGCCCCUCUUCUGGAGGAGCUUCUGGUAACAGGUCUAAGGAUUCUGAAUUUGAAGCCAAAGUUGCAAAGCUUGUUGAGUUGGGAUUUGAAAGAAAUGCAGUUAUACAAGCUCUUCAAUUAUUCAAUGGCAAUGAGGAACAGGCUGCUGGGUUUCUUUUUGGGGGCUAAAGAGAACAUUUGUUUUGGAAAUUGAUUGAUUUAUUACUCGAAACAAUUUUUACUUUUAGCCAAUUCAAUUACAAAUUCUAAAAACUAAAUUAUAGACGUGGUGACAUUUAUUGUGAAUUGUUCAUACUGUAAGGGAAUGUUUCUUUGUAAUUGAAAAACUAAUUUAUGGUUU